AUGGAGGCGACAUUGGAGAGGAGGCUAGCGUUCCUGGAAGGAGGCAGCAGCCCGUGCGUGCCCGCCUCCUCCUGUGUGGCUGCGGCUGCGCCUCUCCCUCUCCUCCGUCCUCCACUCCCCAGUUCCUCUCCAAUCCGUCCUUUGCACCGGCGCCCACCCACCACCACCGCUCUGUGUGCCUCCACAUUCCAACCACCAAGGCCCCCUCCAUCUUCCCUAACACUCAGCACUCCAGAGAGCGACGAUGUGGGUCAUCAUCUGGUCGCACGCCAGAUUGGGCGUCGAGGCACGUCUCUGUCGGGCGGCGUGUACGAGAACGUGCUCUUCUUCCCCGUGGCGCAGAUGCUCAAGGACCGGUACCCCGGCGUGCUAUUCGACGUGGUGGCGUCGGCCAAGGGCAAGCAGGUGUACGAGAUGUGCAUGAACGUCACGUACGCCAAUGUCUACGACCCCGACGACGACUGGCCGGAGCCCACCGAGUACACGCACAUGCUCGGCGUCCUGAAGGGAGACACGGUAGAUCUGGUGGUGGCGCGCGUCUCCGGCCGGGAUAUCGCCAUCUGCCAUCACCUGCAAUCAUGCAAUGAAAACAAGUGGGGGCACUACUCUCAGGCUCUAAGGCAUGAUUGACAAAUUCAAGCUGACCAUGUGAAACGAAGUUUUGGAGCCUAUACACUUGUAGCAUGAAAGAAUCAUGGAGGAUAGUGGUGGAUGUAAUAAGGAUUUUUAGAUCUGUAGAAACAGUGGAACUUUUUGGACUUGUGGAUUUGACAACAGCAAAAAGAGUGCCACGGUGAACUGUUAGGUUGUGUGCACUUUUGUGUGAUAACUGUUGUUGGAUGAAGACUUUGUAAUCUGAUGUUGGAUGGAAAUUUAUGUGAUCUAUUAUUGGAUAGAAAGUUCAGAUUUUUUAUUUAA